AUGGAGUCCAUGACGACAAUUCACCUCACACCAACUAAGAUGCGCAUACGAAACCUUCGACAAUCCAGACGACGGACCCAGCAACGCUCAAAAUGGGACCCAGCAGAUCAGAAAACAACAAGAGUGUCGCUGCUCGGAACGAUGGACUGGCUCCUUCUCGUCGCGUCUUUCAUCUUCAUAAUAAUAUCUGUACUUUUGAUCUCUAACGGAACUUGCUCUCACUCUCGCGGACUGUCAGCAAGUGCGCCCGUGUGUAUAGGAGGACAUCUAUCAGUUCAGUCAUGGCUUGCGAUAGUUGGUGUCGAGUCCGGAGCCCUGGGCAUCAUUAUACCACGCGUCUCGCGCCUUCUCGUGUCGAAAUAUCUUACACAUCGACUCGUAUACCACGGACUUGGGUUGGCAAAGAUCCUUAACUCGCAGACAACUGCUCCCCUAAGAGCACAACUUGUACAUGGGUCGAAUGCAGUUUUCUGUUUCCGCAUACCUUUUCUCGUUGCUACUGUAGCUUUCAGUAUACUAUAUAAAUGGUCUUUUGUGAAAGUUAGCAGAUUCGAUACCUUCCCCCUAUCUACGACGAACUUGCCUAUUCCACUCGGCUACGAUGCGACUGGGCACAUCACCACUGUAUCGAACAACCUCGUCGAUGCAUUAGAUCCUAGUAAUCCGCACUCGAGUCUAUUCGUCUUUCCAUUAUCGUCGGAAAAUUCCUCGAAUGCGAAUUACACCCAGAUAUUUGGUCCUUCGCUUAACCCCAUCACUCUUUCAGCUCCAUCAAAUCAAGUCUCAACAGGCACUCUCACCUUCUGCGCACCUAGCUUCUACUCUGACAACACAAUCGUCUCGUCGUCGCCAUCUUGGGUCCCACCAAUGUUGACAACGGACUCCAAUGGAGAUGGUCUACGAAUAACCAACACCGACGGCUCACUGAUCGACAUUUCCUCCGCCAACGGUACCAUAACAAUCAUGGCUGGGAUAUUUGGACAGACUGAUGUCACACCACACUAUACCUCCUACUUAUCUGCCAACGUAUCAGUCUGCAAAGGCUACGUAUCCUGGGCUAUCAACAAUGUCCUUGAUCCCUCCUCAUCUGCCAUCUCAACUACACCACUUCUCCAAACCCCAAUAGAUAUAACAUGUAUAAUGGAGCCAUUCGACCUCGAUACUUGGAUGUCAGCAUCAACUACCGAGUUCGUCCUUAGGUUACUCCAAGGCCUAAGCUGGACAUCAGACGACCUAGCAAAACGAGCAAUGGACAUCGUACUCUCAACAAUCGAUCACACAUCCUCCAUUGCCACACUAGACACGACCUCUCUACCUUCUCCGACGACAGAAACGCACCCCAAUUUCGAUCCGAGCUCCAACUCCAACUCUUCCUCGACCUCGAACCCAAAUUCAACGUCUACGGCCAAUUUCCCCACCGAUCUCGCACCACCUGCUUGUUCACUCCUCUCUUCAAAAUCAACACCCACAUCAGCAUCAGACAGCACCUCAACACCACAACCGCAAUGGAUUGUCUCAGGUCAAAUCUCCGACUUCGGCACGGGACAGACAUUACUAGGCACCAUCCUCCAAGCCUGCAUAACCCUCUUCUCCCUCCUAACUCUCCUCCUCCUCUUCACUCCGGGACUUCCAUUAAUCACAGAAUGGUCCGCGCAAUGGCUCGGGCUAGUCUACGGCCUCGCUCCACCUCGUGUGCAGGAAUGUGUUGAGGGCACUAGUGCGGGCGGGAAUAAUGCUAGGGAAGCGGGAGAGGAGAUUGAAGGUCCGACGGGAGGGAUAAGAGAGGAUGGAGAAGUGAUUGAAGACGAGAGGGAGAAGAGGAGGGGGGAUUUGAGUGUGUUUUUGGGGAGUGCGGGAGGUGAUGGGCCGGAGGGGAAUCCGUAUUUGGUGUUGGGGUUGGAGAAGACGAGGGUGAGGAGGGGGUGGGGUCAUGUAUAA